AUGAAUGUAGAUCCAACGCAGGCACUAGAACAGGAGCAGCAACAACCACAAUCGACGAUUACUGGACUGGCGGAGGCGGAAGCGGCACUAGCGUUAGUAAUUUCACCCUCGUCCCCUUCGUCAACGUCGACCGUUUCGCCGACUGCUUCGUCGAUUUCGAAGAACAGCAGCACCGACGAGAUCGAUGAAAAUACGGCCGAUGCCGAAGAGCAAGCUCAGCAUCAGCAGCGGCAGCAGCAGCAGCAGCAGUCCGAGCCACUGACCGCUGCCCAGUCAUCAACCGAACGGCAACAAUCGGCGACGCCGCACGAUGACGAUGAUGUCCGCAGCAGGAGCGUGUGCCACGAAAGCUACCAACGAUCAGCGACCAACACGAAUGCCCGCCAGCCAAGCGAUGACACGACGACGCACGCGACCGACACGAUGACGGCGGAGACGGUGGUUCCCUGUUUGUUGGAAACGGACACACUGCUGGCCCAGAGUGUACCGGAAAGCAAUGUGACCACUACGCUUAACAACGAGACGUCCGAAACCGGUGAGCAAGGAGACACUAGCAAAACCGGUGCGUGUGCUGCUAGCAGCGAAGCGACGGCGGCAAACUCGGCGGCGACUACAACGACCGCGAGCCAGCCACUACCGCUACAAGAGUUAACCACGGAAGCCUUACUGCCUGGCCAGCUGUCGACGAGUUCUUCUUCCACUGCGUCCAGCCCUUCGAUUGCGGAGGAACACCGAUCUGCGAUGUUGGAGGGUGCCAGCGAUAUGAGUGGGGGCGCAACGGAGUGCUUGGGGAACGCCGCUGACACGGCUUCCAACAACAAUCGCACGGUCGAGAUAAAUCUUCCUCCGACGCUGUUGCUGGCCGCGGCGGAUGGUUGUAAUAACAAUAACAAUAGCGAUCGCUUUAAUAACAACAAGAGCAGCGACGAGGACAGUGGCGUUACGCAGGAGGAUGCUAGUGGCGACCUCGAGGCGAUAGCUGACAGCGGGGCGGACGUCGCGAAUAAGGACAUCGACGACGGUGACCUAUGUGCAAUCAUUGGGAGUACUGUGACGGUGGUGGCAGUUACGUUGACGGAAGGCGUCCCAGUGUCUGCACCCGAAGCAACGCAUGAAGCGGCGGACACGCAAACCAUAGCCGUUCCCUGCCGGUGCGAGCCAGAGGAAGGAAACGAGCCCGUGCUACCGACCGUAGCACCGGUAGAGAUAGUACAAAUUACGCCAGAACCGAGCACCAACACUAACCGCGACACCGCCGUAGCAAGGGCGGCCAACAAAGACGAAGUGGUUGCGGCGUUGUCAUCAACACACACGUCCAUUGCAGCAGCACCACCACCACCAGUAGGAACCACGAUCGCAGAAAAUAAAACCAUUACCAGUGCCAUCGGUGUAGAAGGUUCACUGUUAUCCUCGUUGUCAUCGCCAUCGACACCGCUACCACCUCCUCCCCGGUCGUCAUCCACCUCCUCUCCGACGUCGUCGGUGUCCUCGGCCUCAUCCUCCGCGACGUCCUCGGAAUCGUCACCACCCGCGACGCCAGCUCUGGCAGCAUCCCAACAGGAAACCGAAUCGCCGAUCGCCGCAGCGGAACCCACCCAGCCGACCAUGGUCAAGUGUGCGGUCGAUCGGUGCCCAUGUGAUUCGCGCGAAGAACACUCCCUUGCAGGUGAAGGACUGCUCCCAACCGCUCCGCCGUCGGCAGCGCCUGUCAACCGGCGACCACGGUUGGAAGUGUCGGGCGACGCAGAACCAAUCGCGAACUCAACCUUCGCGCCCGUCACCGUCAAGAGCACCGUGGAGGCCGCGGAAAGCGAUGCUUCACGUGUUCUAACGCUAGCCGAAGAAUUGUCGCUGGCAGCGGCAGAAGCAGUCGCGGCAUCGGCCCCACCGCUGGUAGCAGCAGCUGCAACACUUUCAGCCGCCGCAGUCGCGAGCGAAACGGUGACACUACCAAAGAGUGCUGCCGGUGGUACAGCCAGCAGUAGCAGCUCGUCGCCGGUUUUGCACAGUAGCCUGAAGAAAUCGACCAGGAUGGGUGUGUUGGCCGGUGGUGGUGCGUCCAGAGCGACCAGCGAGAGACAGCGGCGAGUGUCGUUUCCGAAAGACUCCGACUUGAUCACUGGCUAUCUGGACCCGGUUGAUCCUUGGGCAAGCACCCCUAUUUGUGACCCAGCGGAAUUGCUCGCGCUGUACCGUGGAUCAUGCAAGAGCCACGGCACCUUACCUCUCAAGUGCGUCGUCGAUCAUCUGCAGGCGAUCGAUUUCACCAAAGAUCGUGUUCCGCUACUGUCACUCAAAGAUCAGAAUCUCAGCUACGGGUCGUGUGAAGCGCUUGAGCCGAUCUUCAAACAUGUCCGGUAUCGCUGCAUCGACUUGUCCCACAGUGGCCUGGACGAUUUAACGGCCAGCGUGAUGUUCGACAUCAUCGAGUACUACGAGGCGGCCAACGAGCUGGACAUUUCGGACAAUCUGCAAAUGUCGAGCAAAACAUGGAAUGACUGCAUUAAUAUGAUCAAAAAGAGCAAGCAGCUGAACGUGCUGAUCACGCGCGGUCCUACGAUAUCGGACUACCAGACGACGAACCUCGCGAAGGCCUUGAACACUUCCGCCAUGCACACGCUCAAGCUGGAGCACUGUGUACUUAGUCAGCAGCCCAUUGCCUCUCUCUGCACCAUUCUAAUGCGCAACAAUGUUCUGCGGGAGCUGUGGCUGGCACACAAUCAACUAAUAUGCGAAGAUGCGCAGCAAAUAGCGAACCUGCUUCGCACGAACUUCUACAUUCAGCUGAUCGACAUUUCAAACAAUAGAAUUGGGGACAAGGGUGUGGAGGUUAUCGUGAGUGCGAUCGUUGAUCAAUCGGUUUACUUCAAGGACGUCCAGGAGAAGAAGCGUAAAAGCGCGCUUAGCUUUUCCGACCUUUCCAGCAGCCUGAACAACAUCAACAGUUCGAAAAACUUUUUCCCCACACGCUUACGGCCCGCCGACUCGCUGGGGUCCAUUGCGAGCGACAGCGACUCUACCACUUCACCGACGGCGAGCCCUCUCGCUACUCCGGUAACACCUCCAUCGACGCCGGCUCUACCAUCGAUCGAAACGUCCACAACGGAAGAUGAGCUGAACAGCAGCAGCACAGCUGGGUCCAGGGAAGCAAUCGAUGUAAUCGUUUCGUCACCAGUAACGGCUCCCGCCAGCGUGUAUACGAAGAGUGAAUUAGAUCCAGAAAUCAACCCACCUCCAACGCUCCCGGUACCACCCCCGACCAGUGUAGCUCCACCGAUUGCGAAUCUAGUGGAAACGAGUACAAAACCCAACAAUAGCGUAAGUCUACAAACUAGUGAUAGAGAACGGACCGAAGCUGGUCUGCUGGGGGUAACGGCCGAGGAGGAGGCACUGCUAGGGCUGACCAGCACUAGCGGCACCACCGUCGCCAUGGAACGUGAUUUCGAAAAGAGCACUGCGAAAACAGUACAAACCGAAGGCCCGAAGGUAGAAUCAAUGAUGGAAGAUCAAAGCCUGGAACUGCUGCUCAGCCUCGAGCAAUCGGAAAGCCCAGUGCCCCAUGCACCGAAAAAGGCACGGCUUGCGAAACAGGACAGCAUUCUGAGUGAGUUUGAGGCGACAAUAAUCGAUCUCCCGGCAAACGACGGAAUAGAGCAACACAAACCAAAGCAAGUUUCCCAUCAUCCGGAAGUGAGCGGCGAAGGCAACGGUAGUGAUGGUAGUGAGAUGGUCGCCGUGGAAGAGCGGCCAAAGCAACAGCAGCAGAGCGCGGCGCUGGUAGCGAGCGUGAUGGAUGAAGACAUUUCCGAGAUGUGCACCGAUUACGACGACGAUGGUAGCAAUCUGAGAAUUUCCCAGGAAAACCUGUUCGUUGACCUUGCCAUAACGACGGCGGCCGACGGUGAAGAGCGGUUGGGGAAAACCAUCUCCCUGCCGAAGCUGGGUCAGUUUACGGCCGUAACCCUUCCGGCAGCCCCGUUUAAAAAAGAUGAACUUCAGUUGUUGAUCGAAAAGUCACAACAACACGAGCUUGAGCAGCUUGAGAAGGCGAUUGAUGCACGCACGAGUGAAGCAGCAGUGAACCACCCCUCGGUGAGUGUGGACGUACCAGAAGCGCCACCAACGGCCGUAACAACCGGGCCACCGGUCGCAACUAGCAAGAACGAAAGCAAAAGUGCCAUUAGCAGCGGGGAGCAGCUGAAGAAACGGAUUCGAGCACAAUCUUCUGGGAAAGCGGUGCACAUUAAACGCACGGUCAGAAGCGAACCAAAAAGUGAUGGUGCGGUGCUAGGCGCCCUUUCGCACUCCCUUGAGUCGGUGGAUUCCGAUUUCGAGGUUGGCGGUAGCCCGUACAUGACGGCGACGACGGCCCCCGGCAGUAGCUUCCCGAACGAACGUUCGUUCAGCUCGGAAAGCUUGAACAGCGAAACAUCGGUCGAUUCGAACGACUCGAAGUCGAGCUUGAAAAUAAUUGAAUCGAAGUUUGCCACCAAAAACGGUACCCUCGAGCGGCAACAGUCGCACGGGAACCGUGACGGAACCGGGCCCGACGCAGCGUCCACCGCUCCGACCGGCCUGCAGGUGUUGGUGCUGUGGAACAACGAAAUCACGCGCAAUUCGGUGCGUCACUUUGCGAAACUGCUCGAAAAAACGACGACACUCGAUACACUGAACGUGGGUAGUAAUUUGCUCUGCAAUAGCUUCGUGUCGGGGAUCGGGGCCAGUCUGAAGGCGAACACGAGCCUCACCAACCUGGGGCUACAGGGAGCGCAUCUGUCGGACAAAGGUGCGAAAGCGAUGGCCGAGGUGAUUGAGUUCGGCGGUAACGCGUCGUUGCAGCGGAUCGAUAUGCGCAACAAUAACAUCCAGAAGGCGGGCCUCGAAGCGUUGAACGAGGCGAUGAAGUCGAACAAAUCGGUCAACCGUAUCGAUCUGGACGAUACACCGCGCAGAGUGAAGGACACAACGCUCGACGGUGUCGGUUCGGAGUACAGCCGCUUGGUGAACAACAUUCGGGCGCAGUGUGAACGCAACAAGAACCCGCCGGAACCGAGCGAACCGAUCACGGCGAGCAACACGCAGGUGCGGCGCGCCCGGGUUGACUAUCUGAGCAGCCGUAAGAUUUCGCUCACCUGUCAGUCGAUCAAAACGACGUCCCCCAGUGCGAUCGCCGAUCGGCAACAUCUCCUCGAUCCCAGCGGUGGUGGUGGUGGGUGCAAGAAACCGAGUGGCCGUUUACGUUCUCCGUUGCCCAGUCCAAUUCCCUCCCCCAUCGCCUCACCCGUACCAAGCCCUUCGCGUAAUCGUUUCCACGUGUCACGCGUGUCCGACUCGACGGGCGGCGGCGGCGGUAGCUUGACGAGCGUCGCGUCAACUUCACCAUCGCCCUCGUCGACCGGCAGCUCGCCCACUCUCUUCUUUCCAUCGAACUCCCGUUUUCGCGUAGUGACGGUCGCCGAGCCAGAUCUCGCCGGUGCCAAAGGUGGUGCUAGCAUUCGUAGCAGCAGCACCAUCAGUCUGCCGAGCAAAUCAUCGUACACAACAUCCUCUCCGCCUCUGUCGGCGUCAUCGGUGGCCAUCGGCAUUGGAGGGCCGCCUCAUCUGAUGGGUGGUGCUAGUAACAGGCGGCCCGUCUGUAGCUCCGCACCAACAUUUUCAUCCUUUUCGCCCUCAUCUCCGUCAUCGCCACUGGCCGCGGCCGUCCCGAGCGUGCGUAUGAACUCACCAUCGCCACUGCUACCACCACCAGCCCCCGCCCACACUUUCGCCACCAACAACACUAUGCUACCACCGACACUGCUACCAGCGGGUGUCAUACCUAUGAUAGUGCCAUUGGGUGCCACGAUGCCACAGACAAUACCCCAAAACGUCACACAGCUCCAACCAUCGGCAAUGUUGUUUUCACCACACUCACCGUUGCAGCUACCGCAAGUGCAACUACAACCGUGUCCAUUGGUCCCAGGGUUCGUCCCGAACAGUCCAAUAGUUCCCACAACAUUAGCACCGCAAAUUGCAGCACCGAAACAGCCUCCGCAUCAUGCAUUACAGUCACCACAGCCGCAGCAGACCACACUAUCACAAUCGCAGCUCGGUGCGGUGAACUAUCAUGCACCGGUGAAGGUGCGACACUCGUCGACACCGCACAACAGCAACAGCACACUGCACGAUUCCGUGCUUUCGUCGACGAGCAUCGAGAGCCCGGACUUGGAGGUGAAACGGUUCAUGGCCGGUGGCAUCAUGGACGAUAGUUGCUGUUCGUCGAUCAGCGGCAGCAUCGAUUCGAUCGACAAUGCAAACUUCAACAACACCUCUCUGAGCUCGGCCGAUGAGAGUUUCGAUGUACUGACCGCUAGCGGUUCGCCGCAGCCGCUAGCACGAUCAGCAGGAGUGGCCAGCAACUCAUCGGCGGCGGGAACACGUCCAUGUGAGGAAAGUACGCUCAUUCCACGGGCGCCUGCUGUCGAUGGCAACAAGGACAUUCGCCGUUCGCCGAGUGUUGUCGUUGUUGGAGCGCCAUUGCAAGGUGCAAGCUCGCAGGAGUCCUUAUACGAUGUGCACGACCUUUCCGCAUCAUCAAACUCGUCUUCAUUGUCCGCCACUAACUGGACGCUUGGUACGAAGCCACCGAUACCAACUACCACCACCCCUGCCCCAGCAGUACUACCCGCAAGCCACUCGAACGAAAGCACUCUAACGUCGGCGCAACAUUUGGAGAAAGAGACAAAGCCCACUGGUGGAGGCUCACCGGUGGCGGAGAAAGUAGCUGCACCGCGCGUUCGGAAAACAUCCUGGAUCCACACGCACAUCGGCGGAGGCGGAAGUGCGGCAGCGAACAAACAGACCGAUUCGAGUUCGAGCGGAGGAAGCACACCGACACCGAGUGGCGGUGGUAGCGGUUACCCGCCGGCCAUCGAGAAACUGCUCAGUCUAUUCAAUCCAAGCAAUCUAUUUUCCUCGAGUAAAUCGUCCUCCGUUAGUCCGCCGAAUGUGGACGCAGCAGUAGCUGGCCAACAUGGCGGCUCGUCGCAGCCUCCUUCGAGAAAGGAAAGUCCCAUGGGCGGGCUGUUCUACUGGGCGCACGGUGGAGGCGGUAGUAAUGCUGGGAGCAACAACAGCACCAUCACAAACAGCCCAUCUUCGUCCGGUCACAAAAAGGACGAUGAUCGAGUGCUGAAAGUGAACGUAUCGCCUGAAGCAACGCCUGUGCAGCAGCUACAUCCGCUGCAAAAUCAAACGCAAACGCAUCAUCCAUUACAGGCGGACCGGGCACCGAGCGUAAACCAGCAACAGCAAAGCGUAGAGCAUAUGCCACCGCAGAUGAAGGUGGAAAUGAAGGAGAACAUUUCACCGGAAAAUACAAUCACCAAUAAGCUGCUUACGAGUGUAGCGACCACGGCUGGUGGUAGUGCAGGGGAACCGAUCGCACUAGUGGCAACCAAUCCCGUUCCGAUGGCUACUGCGCCUCAUGCCAGAGUGAUCUUUCAGCUGGGAGGCGAUUACGACGAAUCAGAAGACGAUAUCGAUACGCUAACGAACAAGUACGGCAACGCAACGGUGGGCGGCCAUUAUUACGGAAGUCACCAAAGUGGUGCUAGCAGUCUAAUCGGUAGUACGACCAGCAACAGCAGUGGCAUUAGCGUCGGUAGUGCGAUGAGUGCUGGUGAAGGUGCCGGGGGUGGUGGCGGCCGGGUUGCUUCACCGUCGGCGAACACAACGGGCGAACGUCAGAGCGAGUCAACGGUGGGCCUUAGCCAUCUGGGACAGCUGGCACGGGACUCGCUGAGCAUAUUUAAAAACCCGAGUCUUACCUCGCAAGACUCCAUGUCGAUUCGGUCCAUGGAUUCGCUGCCGGAAAUGACUAUCGAUUCGGCCGUUAACUACAACCCGCUGACCGCUGUCAUGACAGCCGGGGCAUUGAACGCAAGUCAAGGAGUUUUGUCAGCGAUCGUCACGAAACCGUCGGUGUUGCCCCAACCAACUGUGUCUUGUGUCACAUCGGUGCGAUGCGCAACACCAUCGGAACCGGAAGCGGAACCAGCAUCACUUGUAACAUCCACCUCCACACCACCGACAACACGUUCAGCGGCUACAUCAACGCCCCCACAUCCAUCAGCAGAACAACAGGAAACUCAGUAGCUAACAUGGGUGGAGCGAAAGGUCGCAGUAGAACUGAUGCCUGCGGUGCCACCGUUCUGCUCCAACUGCGGCUCAAGCACGAACAGCUACAAGCCAAGAAGAAGCUAAUGAAAUCCAAAUCCUUACC